AAUGGAGCCUGCUCAUUUGUACGGAAGGGACCCUGGUUACGAUAUGGAUGAAGAGAAAGAUUCACAUAUGGAAGACGAGUUUGAUGACGUUGACUCGAACGACUGGGAUUUCACGGUGCCCAAGAACGAAAAGGAGAGUAGUGGAUCUGAUGAGUUCCAUGAAGAAGGCUUUGGCAACCACUAUGACGUCAAGCCUUACGACAACAAACAAGAUCAAAAGUACAGGGCGGGCAGACUUAACGGGGACGAGCACAAUUUUAAUUCUAACCAACAACAGCACCCAUAUGCUCCAUACCCCGUUGAAGAGAAGCAUCGUGACACCGAUGCAGAUUCGGAAUUUCAUUUCUAG